AUGGGUGUGGUGCUGGCGUGGUCGUCGCCGGCGGAGCCCAAACUCCCCCACCUGACGCCCGCCGAGGCGUCGUGGGUGGGGUCUCUGCCUUCACUGGCGGCGGCCCUGGAUCCCUGGCUGGGCGGCUGGGCGGCGGACCGCAUUGGGCGGCGCACCACGGCGGUCCUGGGGGCGGUGCCAAUCGCCGUCAGCUGGGCCGCGCUCAUGUUCGUCGAGCACGCGCCCACCUGGCUCUGCGUCGUGCGCUUCAUCUCGGGGCUCGGCAUCGGCCUCAUCAUGCCUGCGCUCGGCAUGUACGGCGCCGAGAUCUUCCAGGCCAACAUAAGGGGCGCACUGUCUAUGGUACAACAGCCGUCGAUAACCACGGGCUUCAUGAUCGACUACUGCAUCGGCCCCUUCGUCUCGUACACUACCCUAGCAGCCAUAGGUCUCAGUGCAACUCUCUUGUUUCUGGUGACCUUCUUCUGGGCGCCAGAGUCGCCCUACUACCUGCUGGCCAAGGGCAGGGAUGAAGACGCCGAGAACUCUCUCCGGCGACUGCGAGACGACAACAGCGACAUCUCCUCUGAACUUCAGAGGAUGAAGGAAGCUCCACACUUGAAGCACGCCAUUUGGUUUCGAAGCCUGCUGCUGGGACGGAGUGGUGGUGUCUGCUCACAGAAAGCGGUGGAGGAGUCCAAGGAGAACGAGGCGUCGGUGCUGGACCUGUUGCGGUCCCGCAGGUGCCGCCGCGCGCUGGCCAUCUCUCUGGGCGUGGUGUGCGCCGAGCAGCUGGCGGGCAUCAACGCGGUGCUCUUCUACACGCAGAGCAUCUUCGACGCCGCUGGCGGCGACGUGGACAGCCGCGUGGCGCCCAUCAUCGUCAACGGCGCCAUGCUGCUCGAGUCGUGCGUCACCCCCUUCCUGGUGGACCGCCUGGGCCGCAGGCCGCUGCACAUCUUCUCCUCCACCGGCAUGUCCAUUGCCCUGACUGUUCUGGCUGUGUAUUUCUACCUGAGUGACACAGGGAAAAGCGUCGAGGACAUCGGCUGGCUUCCGCUCACUGCUCUCGUCUUCUACAUCGUCACCUACACCGCAGGAUACGGCGGCCUACCGUUCACCGUUACAGGGGAGAUCUUCGCGCAGAACGUCAAGUCUGUGGCUCUACCUGCAGCUGCCUGUGUUUCGUGGACCAUGUGCUUCCUGGUGACGAGGUUCUUCGAGGACAUUUCCAUCGCCGUUGGCAACUAUGGGCCCUUCUUUCUGUUCGCAGCUUGCUCCUUGCUCGCCUCGCUCUACGUGUACCUGUUACUGCCUGAAACGAAGGGGAAGACUUUAGAAGAGAUACAGGUUCUGCUUGAAAGCGGUAGGACUAUCAGAGCAUGUCGCUGA